CGUGGAGCUCGAAAUGGGCGCCUCCGUAUCUUCCAAACCAUUAUCUGUGUUUGUUCCGCCCUUUAAAGAUUUGCGUCCACCUUGUACGCAUGCGCCCACACUUUCCACCCUUUCCUGGCUUAAACAAUGUGAUCGUUGAUAUUUUGUUGGCAGACGUUUAGAUUCGCGUGAUUUUUAUUUUAUUUGUAUUUUUAAAAAAAACAAAAAAAAAAACGUUCCUCCACUUUGAUUCGCGUGCAAAGCUUGGCAAAAUGUCGGCGGACGCCGUGAACAUCCAAACACAGGUGGAGUCUGUGCUAAGUGCGCUGGUCAAAGUGGCCACGGCGGAGUUGGCCAAAUUGUUCGAGAGCAGAUACCGGGCCUCGGCCGCAAGCGUGCAAGCGGGCCACGACGGCGACGGGAGCGAGUCUCCGGCUAGAUUGCCGUGUGGCGAGAGAACCCGCAGCAUCGGCGUGCAAGUGGACGAAGAUAUCCAGCCGGCGCUCAAGCUGCACAAUGGCGACUGUUCGAGGAGAUGCGAAAAGCAGCAGGAGGCGCAGGGCUGUUGCAGUGUUCCUCUUGCCGGAGAUCAUCCACAAGUCAAGGCGGUGGCAGAGCUGAGCACCCUUGAAACAGAUUGUGGGCCACAGACUGACGCUACAUUGGAUGAUCAAAGAUGUGGGCUUCGACCAAGUCCACCAGCUAAGCAGAAACCUCCUGCAGUUCAACCCGAUCCGCACGAUGAGGUCUUGUUGAUUUGUCAGCCGGACAGCUCCAAGAAGCCUGUUAAACAAGAGCCUCAUCAAGCCUGCGCGAGCACGGCCAAGGGUAGAGCCUACAGCCCGUCCGUUUGCGACGGAGCCGUGACUCCGGCACCGGUUGGCCUUUGGGAACACGUGCCCGCGCCAAAGGAGACGAAAAACCCCCUCCAGAUGAAGCUGAAACUCUCCUCGCUGGACCAAAAGCUGAGGAGGAGUGCAUGUGCGGUGCAACUAGUCAACGUGCUCACUGCAGCAGAGAUGGAGGAGAAGAUUCAGGAGAGCGGUCAAAAGAGGUGGCCCGUGCCGAAAGAUUUGCGUCGCCACCAAGGCAUACACACGGGCCACCGUCUCUGCUGCUUCACACCGUGCGAAAACGGCAUUUGGCGACUACAAAACGUCGUUGGCCACUCCCGCGACGGCUACACCUGCGGCGCCUGUGGCGAAACAUUCAAACGCCGCAAGAUUCUCCGCCGGCACGAGCGCUUCCACACCGGUGAAAAGCCAUACUCGUGUUCCAAGUGUUCCAAGACAUUUGCGCUCAGGAAGAGCCUCCGCCGCCACAUGAGAUUCCACACGGGGGAGAGGCCGCACCAAUGCGCACACUGUGGCAAAAGCUUCCGCCUGCGAGAAAAUCUAAAAGCGCACCUGAGAUUUCACACUGGGGAGAAGCCUUACCAAUGCACCUUGUGUGGGAAGAUGUUCAGGAUCCAGGGGAACCUGGACAGACACAAACUCACCCCGUGUGGAAUCUUCGUGCCGUCAUUCCGGACCAUCGCUGGCGUGUAGCCGGCGCUCCUACAGCCCCUUCGCACGCCACUAAACCUACUCGUCAAAGCUGGCGUUUUCCCGUGACGUUGGUUCAGGAAGACGACUUGGUUUGCAAAAAGGGUGCGGAAGUUAAGAUGAGGAUUUUGGGAAAAUAUUGCCAAUGGAAACUUUUCAUGGGAACUAACUGGGAUUUGAGGGUCAUUGAAUGGAGAUGUAUGACCGUCAAGCAUGAAUAUAAACACUUUAUUCUGCCACAACCAGACAUUCAUGCAAAGUAAAUGCCCACAUACGGGAGGGAGCAUUACAGUACCUUAAGUGCCCACUUCGUGCUUGUGGUGGUAUACCACUGUACUUGCAUGAAAUGUGGUUAUUUUAGACCUUGAUGAUGCUCAAAUACAAUAGAAAUGCCCUAUUAAUUCACUGCCGUUGACAGCUAUUGAAUUCAAAUAUCCAUGUUAACAUGGAGGCCUGGGAGUCAAUGAAUGAAGAGGCAAUAGUCACUUCUGUAAAAUUUCUGGUCUCGUCGCAUUUAUUCCAACAAAUUCCUGAUAAUUCCCUUUGGAAGUUUCCAACCUUGUAAUUGAAAUUUUGCAUUCCCGAUGGCAACUACGUGGAAGGGAAUAAUAAAAAGCCAGGGCUAUGUCAAGUUUAACACAAUGUCCGGCAUAGGUGAGUUCUGUUGCAUCUGUGAUAUGACCAUUUUACAGAAACUGUGUUAAAAGGGCUUUUCAGAGUUGCUUGUACCGUUCGCUACCUCAGACUGCAAACAGUAUGAAGGUUCCAUUAAAAUGUUGCAAGGUUUUUUUUUCGGGGGGGGGGGGAGGUAUUUUAAUUAUUGUAUUUUAAAAUAAAAGAAACACUGAAGUUCUGUUAUUUCAUACGGAGAUUAUCUGCUUUUUGCGACGAGAUGGAGCCCUCUCAGGUUCUACUACACUUGCUAGCAGGAGAGGAUUUCGAGGUCGUAGGUGUAUACAGCAUCCCUGUUGAUCCCUUGUUUCUAUAUUGGCUGAAUAAGAAAAAAAAAUGGUGGACCUUCAUCCUCGGCAGCUACCAAACAUAAGGUGCACCUUAACCAUCUGUUGAUCCAAUAGAAACACAGUGAGCAAUGCUGUUGCUGUUGCACUACGUCAUGCUAAGGGAUGUCUAAUAUUCUAGUUAACAUGUCCUAGUGUGAUGCAGUGACAGACACGACGGGCAUGUUUAGAUAUUGCCACAUUUUCAGCUCUUGUAUUGGGAAGCAGAGCACAUGUUCCUUGCAUUUGAUGUUUAUAUUUUAUCUUUUUUGGCCCUCGUUUAGUUUUGUGAUAACAUUAGUGUGUGCCAUGCCUUUAUGAUGCGCUACAGCCUGUUUGACCAAAAGUCGUGUCUAUAUACUUAAAAGGCUAUUUGUCUUAUUUUAAAGCCCUUUUUUUUUUUUUUUCCAUAGUUAUGAUUACUGAUUAUGUGUGAUGGUCUUUCUAUCCUUGAGUUUAAGAAUAAAAGAACUACUGAC